AUGGCUAAAAUCAUCUUCGUUACAGGCACAGGGACAGAUGUGGGCAAAACAUUCAUUUCAGCUUUAUUAGUCCACAGAUUAAAAGCUGAUUAUUGGAAGGCAGUUCAAACUGGCUUAGAAUGUGAUACAGGUGACACAAGAACGAUUUCAAAGUUUCCCACUGAAUUGACUGGCUGGAAACCGAAGCUAUUUCCACCAAGAUUUCAGUUCAAGAGACCGCUUUCACCUUACAAUGCAAUGGAAUUUGAAUCAGAGGUUGACAUCAAAUUGUCAGACUUUUGCAUUCCAUCUGCUGAUGAUCUUCAAAAUGAUGUUUUAAUUGUUGAAGGUGCCGGUGGAUUAUUUGUGCCAAUAACCAAAAAACUUGAAAUUACAACAGAUCUGAUUCAAAACAUGAUCGUAAGGUAUCCCCAGCAUGAAAUAGCUAUAGUUGUCGUUGCAGACAGUGGUCUUGGCACCUUGAAUCAUACCAUGCUCACAGUCGAACAUUUGAACAAUCAUGGGCUAGGUGAAAAUUUUUCAGGUUGCAUCCUUAAUGGUCCGAUAAACGCCAUUAACGCCAAAACACUGAGAUCAUUUGGAGUUAAUAUCUUGAGUGAGAUAGAGCGUUGUGAAACUAACCAGGACUUAAACAGGGCUCUCAACAAGAUGCCCGAUGUGCAUGCUCUAUAUGUCCAUAACAAGUAA